ACAGGCGCGACUAAGCUGGGCUCAGGCAUCCGUUCUCCGGAGCCGCUAAGCAGCCACAUGGACCGCCACCCGUCUUCGGCGGGCUCCCGAGGGGAGCUUGGCCGUCUACUGCAGGCGGUCCUAACGAGCCGUGGCCAGGCCAACGCGGUGUUUGACAUCCUGGCGGUGCUUCAGUCCGAGGACCCUGAGGAGAUCCAGGAAGGAGUGCGCACAUGCAGCCGACUCUUCGGCACCCUGCUGGAGCGGGAAGAGCUGUUCGUGGGCUCGCUGCCACACGAGGACACGGUCCUGGCAGGAUCCCAGGGAGCCACACACAAAUACCAAGUGUGGAUGAGACACCGCUAUCACAGCUGCUGUAACCGCCUGGAGGAGCUCCUGACCCACCCCUCCUUCCAGGUCAAGGAGCUGGCCCUCAAGACACUCAUGAAGUUUGUGCAGCUGGAAGGAGCGAAGCCCCUGGAGAAGCCCCAGUGGGAAAGUCACUACCUCUUCCCCCGCACACUCUUCAGGGCAGUGGUAGGAGGCCUGCUCACCCCCGAGGAUGACCACAGCCUGCUUAUCUCCCAGUUCUGUGAGUACUUGGAAUAUGAUGACAUCCGGUACCACACAAUGCAGGUGGCCACAAGCAUCGUGGCCCGAGCCACCAGCCAGCAACCUGAGGUGACACUCACGUUCUGGAACAAUGCCUUCAUGUUGUUGUCUGCCGUGAACCUGCCGCUCAAAGAGCAUGACCUCCUCACCAACUUCUAUGUGAAGCAUACACAGACAUCGGACAAGUGGAAGGUCGUUCACUUGAAGGAGCACAGAAAAGCUUUCCAGGAGAUGUGGCUUGGCUUCCUCAAGCACAAGCUGCCCCUCAGCCUCUACAAGAAGGUGCUGGUGGCUAUGCAUGACUCCAUCCUGCCCCACCUGGCUCAGCCCACCCUCAUGAUUGACUUCCUCACAAGUGCCUGUGACGUGGGCGGUGCCAUCAGCCUCCUGGCCUUGAACGGGCUUUUCAUCCUAAUCCACAAGCAUAACCUGGAAUACCCUGAUUUCUACCAAAAGCUCUAUGGCCUCCUGGAUCCAUCCAUCUUUCAUGUCAAGUACAGAGCCCGUUUCUUUCACUUAGCCGACCUCUUCCUUUCCUCCUCUCACCUCCCCGCCUACCUGGUGGCUGCCUUUGCCAAACGCCUGGCCCGGCUGGCCCUCACAGCGCCUCCCGAAGCCCUGCUCAUGGUCCUGCCCUUCAUCUGCAACCUGUUGCGUAGACACCCUGCCUGCCGAGUUAUGGUGCACCGCCCACAGGGCCCUGAGCUAGAUGCUGAUCCUUACGACCCAGUGGAGAAGGACCCAGCCAAGAGCCAUGCCUUGGAGAGCUGCCUGUGGGAGCUGCAGACCCUCCAGCAGCACUACCACCCUGAGGUGUCCAGAGCUGCCGGCGUCAUCAACCAUGUGCUGUCUGUCCCCGAGGUCAGCAUUGCGCCACUCCUGGAACUUACUGCAUAUGAGAUCUUUGAGCAGGACCUGAAGAAGAAGGCAGCUGGGUCAGUGCCCCUGGAGUUCAUCCCCGCUAAAGGCCUGCUGGGCCAACAGAACGACCUCUGCGCCCAGCUCUUCACUCUCAGCUGACCUGACUCUUGCCUCAUCUCCUAAGAAUUUUCUUUUCGGGUCUGAGACAGGAUCUCACUAUGUAGCCCAGGCUGGCCUGUAACUUGUGGUCCUCCUGCCUCAGCGUCCCCAGUGUUGAGGUUACAAGGGUGCACCACCAUGCCUGGGUUCAAAUAAAUGGUUUUUUAAGGGA